AUGGAAUCAGAGAUCCAACACCCUGCUGUACUCGCACGACGAAGGAGCACGUUCUCGAGCUCGGCAUACUCAACCACAUCCGACUCGUCGCCCGACCUAACAACUGAUAGUGUCAUAACACCGGAAAGCGACGAGGAUGCGCCAACGCCCAUUGUUCGUCCGAAGGUAGAGGAGCUGGAAGAGGAUGCAUUGGACGACUUGGAGGACGCUAAGCCUUCCAUCUUACCCAACGUCACCCUACCGACCCCUAGAAAGCGUGGACGGCCAAGGAAACACCCAGUCAUCGAACAGAAGAAGACCUCUCAUGCGCGGUCGAAGACUGGUUGCGGUACAUGCCGAAGACGCAAGAAGAAGUGCGACGAAGCGCGGCCUCACUGCAGCAACUGCGAGAAGAACAACGUCGUGUGCGACGGCUACGAACCAAAGCAACCAUGGCGGAGCGGCAAGCAGAAGGCGUUGGUUCGGCGGGACUCGAUACCGGCUGAGCUACCCAUGCUCGUCGAAGGCAUCGACGGCACCGUAGACCAAAUGUUCUUUCACCACUUCACUGCCAAUGUUGGCAAAGUUCUUUCCCUGACGGACCACCACAAUCCGUUCCUGGAGAUCAUCGUGCCGAUGGCCAUGGGUCAUACCGGUCUUAUGCAUAGCCUGCUAUACCUGUCAGGUAGCUGUCUGAUCGCCAACGAGCCCGCUCCAAAAACAGAAUGGGAGGCGAGACAAGAGCACCACAGCAGCAAAGCGAUGCGCCUCCUGCAGCAAGAUCUUGCUGCUUCGACUAGUACGACGGAGAACGCGGUCGCAAGGAUAGGCGACCCAUCGAUCGCACAGACGCUCGUACUCUGUCUACAGACGGUGUGUGCUGGUGAUACAAGCGGCACUUACCGCUUCCACCUCAACGCCAUGAAAGAAAUGCUUACACAACGAGCGUCUUCCUUUCCCAACGAGCAGUUACGACAGUUCAUCCUCGAGUUUCUCCUGUAUCACGACUACAGCAGCUCCAUCACGAGCUUGAGCAAUCCGCUUGAUCAACGCAGCAUUGACCUAAUGGAAGGUUUCAAACUGCCCGAGUUCAUGAUACAGCCCCAAGCCGGCACUCUGCUCGGCGUUAUGGACGGCUUAUUUGGCUUUAUCAGUCGCAUUCGGAUACUUCGCGAUCUAAUCCGACAACGGAGAGCACAGGGAACAGGCCAUUGGUGGGACCCAGCUAUCAUCGACGACGCUUUUGUUAUCGACAAGGCGCUACGGGAGUGGACAUGCGUGCAUCCACCGGAGAGUCCUCGCUUUGCAGCAAGCUUGUUGUAUCGACAAUGCACAUGGCUGUACCUGCACCGGACAAUACAACUUUCGAAGCCGAGUCCCACGUUCCAGCAAGCAGUUGACGAAGGUCUGCAAUACCUCCGCAUGCUUCCGUGGGAUACCGAUGAUGGCUCCACGCAGUCAAUCCUGCUCAUGCCGCUUUUCUUACUGGGCUGCGCGGCCUUUGAGCCGAACCAACGGCCUGAGAUCCGUCAGGCGUUUGAGCGCUUGCAGAAAUGGUCGAGUCUCGGCAACAUCAAGUACGCUUAUACCAUUGUUGAGCAAGUGUGGGAGAUGAUGGAUCAAGGUAAGGAAGAAGAAACGUGGGAUUGGGAAAGCAUAAUAGCGAACCGUGGAUGGGAUUUUCUUAUAACCUGA